GCCGCAUAGCCGACGGAAACUGAUUCUCAUCAGACGCGACGCGUCCGCGAUCACGUAAGGUGCAGUACACAAGAAACCAGAAGGUUCGUACACGUUCGUUCAGUCAUUUCGGACGUGAGAAAGGAGAUCAAAGUCGAUUAAACACUGCCAUCAAAUAAAUUCUCUUCAUUUGUUCCCAAGUUAUCUAUUAUUUAUCAUUGUUUGAUUCUCAAGGUGAAUCUAUUUUAUAAAAAUUGAAAACAUUUAAUCGAAUCUGCCGCGUGCAAAUUUUCCAUGCAGCGGGGGUGGAGGCAACACGUCCGAAGUGACUGACUGCAACGUGAUUAGUUGAAACACAUGGUCCGGUGAUCGUGAUCAUGAUUGCAAAUCGACUCUCGCUGAUCGUCACCCUCGUCUUCGUGGUACUGCUGUCGACCAUUCAUUCCGGAGAAGCAAUAAUAUGUUACAAGUGCAACAGCGAAUACGAUCCAAGGUGCGGCGAUCCAUUCGAUCCGUACAGUCUUGGAACCGUGAAUUGCAGUUUUCAACCACGCUUGGAGCAUCUAAGUCAUUUGGAGCCUACUCUUUGUCGAAAAAUCAGCCAAAGAGUGUAUGGCAAGAUCAGAGUUAUCAGAAAUUGCGGAUACAUUCCGGACCCGAGAGACAAUGGCGAUUGCCUGAUGAGAUCAGGCACUCACGACGUUCAUGUAACUUACUGCGCAUGCACCGGUGAUCUCUGUAACUCGGCCGAAAGCCAUACACCGUCCUUCUUACUGCCGUUGACGUUUCUGUUAACGGUUAUUUUGACGAUGCCGAGUUUAUUCCUUUCAUACCCGUUCGCAUUACCCGUCUUGACCUCGCCGCACUUCUCCAUAGCCUAAACUUCAGCAGUUACCAAAGGAUAAUACUUAAUGCCUAAAACUGAAUCAACGAUACAUAGAAAACACCGUUCGGAUCCGGAGCAACUCGUUUUCGUCCGAUUCCCUAUCCAUUCGCUACAUUUUCAGGUUAGAUCGCGAUCGAUUCUAGACUUGACAAUAUAAUAUAUAUAUAUAUAUAUUAUCGAUCAAUCUUAAAUAACAUUUAAAUUUUAGAAAUCAAAUAUUUCAAUAAUUUCUCUAAAUGAUCAAUUUAACUUUUUAAAUAUGUAAUAAUUUCCAGCGAAACGAAAUAUAAGGGAACUGAGAUUGUUAACGAGUUGAAUAUAAUUACAGCUAUUGUAGCUGUUAUUUUUAAAGAAAAAUAAUGCUCGAUUGAGAGCACAGUACACAUAGAAAUGUAUGUAUGUAUAUGCCGUUCCAGGAUUCGAACAAUUCGCAAAAGUAGUCAAAUUACAACAUAGUAGUUUUAACGGUGAUACAAACUGCCAGAUACGCAAGAGCGUACUUCAGUAGUACACUUCAGGAAAAUUUAAAUGAGAAGAAGAAAAUGGCCUCCGCACGUGAAACCGUUCUUGCAUAAGCGUAGAAAGUAAAAAGAGAAAAAACAAAAUUAUCUAUAAGGAAAGAGAUAAACUAAAGAAUAUAUACGAUAUAUAUAUAUAAUAUAUGUAUAUAAUAUAUAUAUAUAUGUAUAUGUAUAUAUAUAUAUAUAUAUAAGUGUAGCGGAUUGCACUAUAUACGCUACUAUAAAAGAAAUGAAAAAUAUAUAUAUAUAUAUAUACAAAUAUAUUAUAUUUUGAAAGGAAACAGCAAUGGAAUUGCACGCAAGAAAGAUAUAGCUUAUUUUUAGAAAAAUAAUAUCGGGUUGCUUUCGUAAUUGCCUGAUAUUGUAUAAAAUAUUUCAAAAUCGAAAUGCACGCGGGAAAAUGCAAAAUAAGAAAAAAAAAAAAACGGAAAAACAUAUCGUCGAUGAGUAAUUUAUUUUACAUUUCAUUGAGAUGAAAAUGAAAUAAAAUUUGGCAUGAUGAUUGCGACCCAUAUUCUGCUAAUUUUUGCAAUAAAAUGCUGUCUAAACGAUAGACAGCGGAGGCUCGCGAUAAAGAAAAAAGGAUAUUGAUGUGUGCAUGUGUGCGUGUGAUGAGUGCACGUUCGUACGUGUGAUACACGGCAACGUAUAUGUGUACGUGUAUACUAUAUGCACGUCAAAAAACGCUAAAAAAA